AUGUUUUCAAAUUCAUACCAAAGCGGAUUUCUGUCGAUAUUCUACAGCGUCGGAAGUAAUCCAUUAGCUCUUUGGGAUAAACAUGUGAAAAAUGGACAUAUUCGGAGGGUUGUAGACGAUGAUGUCAAAUCUCUCGUUCUUGAAAUAGCUGGAACUAAUGUAGCUACCACGUAUAUCACUUGUCCCAUACAAGCCAGGGCAUCUCUGGGGGUGCAACUGCCCUUUUUGGUGAUGGUCAUCAAGAACAUGAAGAGAUAUUUCACAUUUGAGAUACAGAUAUUAGAUGAUAAAGAUAUGCGUCGCAGAUUUCGAGUGUCCAAUUUUCAAUCUUCAACUAAAGUCCUGCCAUUUUGCACCACCAUGCCAAUAGGCCUCAGUGACGGUUGGAACCAAGUGCAAUUCAAUUUGGCUGACUUUACAAAGAGAGCUUAUGGGUCUACUUAUAUGGAAACCACUAGAGUACAAAUUCACGCCAACGUCCGCAUCCGCAGAAUAUACUUUUCGGACAGGCUCUAUAGCGAGGAGGACAUGCCGAAUGAAUUUAAACUCUUCGCUCCAGUAGAAGAACCUAUGAGGAAGUCAGUUGAGAAGGUUCCGGACGAAGUUCCUCCAAUACCGACGACGCCGAUGGAGGAUGAUAAGACGAAAGCACUGCCGGACAUCGCUGCCCCCAGCCCAGUAGAUACGGGGGCGCUGAACACUUCGGAGGUGGAUAUGAAACCGGAAGAGGCGGAAACUGUGGAAGCACCCCCAGAGGAAAAAGAGGCCGUUGAAGCCGCCGAAGUUCCAGAAGAGAGUGCGGAAGUGACUGCGCCCGAAGAAGGCACGGAAAGUCCUGUUCCUGAAGAAGGCGGAGAAGCCCCUGCGAGUGCGGUGGCGGAUACCUCCACACUUGACCCAACUUCGUUUUUAUUAGCUCCAACAGAAGAAACAACUGAGCAAGCGCCGACGGAGGCUACUGAAGAACCCGCUGCUACUACCUCAGAACUGGCCACCACAGAGGAACCUGAGCCAACCACAACGGAGGAACCAGCAUCCACAGAAGUAGCCACCACUGAGGAACCAGGAACCACAGAGGCACCUACAGAGUCAGAAGUUGGUUCUCCUGAGAAAUAG